UUCGCAAUGGUACUACAAACCGUCGAUGUUCCAACAGCAACAACCGUACUCUCUCAACCCAUCCACCGCCAUUCCACCUAGAAGAUGGAUAUUUUAUGACCACUCUCCCCACCCCCACUGACCCUGAAGAAGCCCCUCUAACCCCAUUCCUCAAGCUCAAGCUCGCCAGCGCCCCCUUCGCCUUCUUCACGGCCGGCGUCAACGAUGGUAGUCUCGGUGCCUUGGUCCCCUAUAUUCUGCAUACGUAUGGCAUCAGCACUGGCUCUAUAGCAAUCCUCUUUGCCUGCGCCUUGGCUGGGCUGUCGCGCGCCAAGCUCGGGAGCGGAGGCGUGCUCAUGCUCGGCGCGUUCCAGGUCCUCACACACGUGCUGAGGGUGUGGACCCCACCGUUUGUCCUCUUCGCCGUGACAUUCUUCCUCGCCGCCGUCAGCGCUGCGUUCCGAGACGCACAGGCGAACGCCUUCGUUGCAACUGUCAAAUCGGCACACCGCUGGCUCGGUGUCAUCCAUGCCAGCUACGGAGCCGGAUGUGUCGUUGGUCCGCUCGUGGUGGCUGCGAUCGCCUCGACGCGGCCAGGGCAGUGGGCGCUGUUCUACGGAUUUGCGAUUGGGAUAGCGGGGCUGAAUAUGGCGCUUGUGACGGUGGCGUUUUGGGAGAAUACGACGUUUGGGAAGAAGGCUGUGAAUAGAGUGGAGAGGAGAGCGAAGAGGAGGCGCAGGGGAGCUUUGGGAAGGCGUGGGUGGAGAUGCGGGAGACGGCUGCGCAGAAGGAGGUUUGGCUUCUGAGCAUCUUCAACUCCUUCUACUUGGGUUUGGGUAUUACGCUUGGAGGCUGGCUCGUUGAGUAUCUCGUCACUGCGCGACACGGCGAGCUUUCGAAAGUGGGAUAUUUCUCUACUAUUAUCUCCGUGGGGACCACGCUUGGCCGGCUAAUUCUCGUUGAGCCUACACACCGAUUCGGCGAGAGGCGCAUGCUACUGA